CGCGUAUAAGAAAACAAGGGUUUCAAGUCGUAGAGAAAAAAGAAAUCGAUAAAAAUGGCGAUGGCGAGUGUGCGAUCUGGUCUCCUCCGAGCAGCCCUUCGCGGCGGCUCUCGUCCUACUGCUCCUCCCAAGCGUGGCUUCGCUUCCUCUUCUCAUCACGAUGAUGCUUAUGAAACGGCAAAAUGGGAAAAGAUAACAUAUUUAGGUGUUGCUACUUGCACUGUUUUAGCGAUUUAUAAUCUAUCAAAAGGUCAUCCCCACCAUGAAGAGCCUCCUGCAUACCCAUAUUUGCACAUUCGCAAUAAGGAGUUCCCAUGGGGUCCGGAUGGUCUGUUUGAGACAAAGGAGCAUCACUAGGGAUGGCCAGACAGAUGCAUAUCUUUCCGAGUUCGGCGCAUUUUUAUCAUUUCUCUGAGAAAUCAAUCAGAUAAUUCUGUGGAUCUUUUGUAAUUUUAGCACUCGAUUUCCGGUUUCUGGACUUUGAAUUGCAAGUUCAUCAGGUUUUCUAUAUGGUUGUGCCUGCCUACCAUACUCUGUUUCGAAAUAAUAAGAUUACUGAAUGGUUUGUUGUGGA